AUGUCUUCAAGGAACGCUGACAAGGGCGAGACGGCUACCGAUUUUGUAAAUUCCUCCAAGCCUCAGAAAUUGAACUCGAAGUCCAUCCCAUAUCUAAGUCCUCCGAACUCGCCACCCCACACCCCGGGAACGUUUGGGGAUGAAACUCGUUCGGCUAGAGCCAUCUCCUUAUCUCUUCUCAGUCCUCCAACAAGCCCCCCGCAACAAUCGUCAGCACUGGUGAUCCAUGAGAAGCGGCCGACAGAUGGAAAGGCCAAUACUACAACGCUGAGGACUCGUCUGGGUCUUGACAAUAAACGGUGUGGGGCUCUUACAAAAUCAAAGCGGCCUUGCGGGAACUGGUCACCAGCAGCGAACAGAGCCGAGGUCACUUCUCAACUCAAGUUAAUGACGAACUACACGCAGUCAUCUAUGGAGCUCGAAGCCGCGUUAGAUAAGCUUGCCAAGUUUGUGCAUUGCAAAUAUCACGACAGUGGUCUCCCGCAGAAGGAUCGGAUCGAAGGCUGGAUAAAGAAUUUUCCCGCCGGAGAAGUUGUUGUCACCGACCCAUCCGUAUUGGUCGAAAAGCGAAUCAGAAGAGCUUUGGUUCUAGAAUCUGUUCAGUGCAUAGCAGCAGUGGAUAGUGCAGACUCGCGCUGUAAAAACAGAAUUGGAGGGCAACGAGUGAGUCAUUGUGCAUUAACGAUUGACAAGAUUGUCAAUCCAGACGUCUAUUUGAAUCACUCCUCCCUUGACGGAUUCCUCAAAGUCCUUGAGACCAAUAUGUACUGUUGCCAGCACAUAAACAGGAAAGCGUUGCAAAAGGUGGCACAGUGGAAGUCCAGCAUUGUGGAAAUUCUCGAGGAUCAUCUUGUCAAAUUUGCUGAAAGCAGUGUACUGAAGGAUACCCAAGGCCUCUCCAUAGCUCUAAACACACAAAGGCCCCCCAGGAGCCCCUCGGCCAGCAGGAGCAAUGGCUUUGUCUUGAGAAGUGGAUCCUUGUCGAUCCCCAACUUCGAUCGAGAUUUGAGCACAUACUGGCCUGCCACAUACGACACCUCUCCCUUCACGAUAAUCGAGAGGAGCCGCAAACUUGCAGACUAUGAUUCUUUAUAUGACAUAUCCAAGCGCAAACUAGAUGCUAUGGACCAGAAAGAUGGAUAUGUUUAUAUGUAUGAGGUUGAAGGAAACCCAGGAUUUGUGAAGAUUGGGUACACGACUCGUUCCAUAGAGGAGCGCCUUCAGGAAUGGGAGUUCGAUUGCAACAGGGUUCCCAAAGUCCUAUUCCCCAUUCUUUCAAGCACUGCCACCAUCAUUCCAAAUGCCAGUCGUGUUGAGGCAUUAUGUCAUGCAGAGCUUGAGCAUCGAAGAAUUAGGGUCGAUUGCCAUUGCUGCCUGAAGCAGCAUUUGGAAUGGUUCGAAACUCCAUCUACGGAAGCCAUUACUGUAAUCGAGAAAUGGUCUAACUGGAUGGCAACCCGCCCAUACCAGUCUAUUCAAUUAAGACAUAAGGUAAAAUGGACAAUUACAGAUGAGGGGAGAAAGAGAGCGUGGGAUAUAGUUUCACAACUUAAGGAGUAA